UCAAUCAAGUUGUUACAUAUAAAAUUCAGCGUAUAUUACUCUUCAAGUUUAUUAGUUGAUAGCUUAUUUAAUGUUCGAACACAACCAAGAAGAGCAACAACAUGGCUUCUUCAUUUUUGAAAGGACUCCCAGUUUACAAUGAGCAAAAUUUCAGUAGGUUCCAAGGAGAUCCUAGUGGUCGCACCUCCUAUAAGAAACCUCCUGUCUACCUGCCCACAAAAGACAGUCCAAGCUCUCAAGAAAUUGUGACAGAGAAGACAAAUAUUCUCUUGCGUUACUUACAUCAACAGUGGGAAAAGAAGAGCCCCAAAAAGAAACGUGAGACGGGUUCUGGCAGCAAUGAAGAGGAAGCUCCCCGCAACAAGCGACCACGCUUAGAACCUGGCCCCUCGUCCGACUCCCCAUAGCCACAACUACUACCUCUUGUAGUAGUGACCUACAUUUAUUGUUGAGUAAGUCAGGAUACAGUGGGCUCUGUGUAUUUUUGAACCCACUUCAAGGCUCAGAUUGAGGCUUAAGGUCAUAAUCAUUCCUGAGGUGGAAGUAUGAUGCUCAGAGGAAACCUGCUAAUUCUGGAUUAUCUUUUAUUAUUAUUAUUAUUAUUAUUAUUAUUAUUAUUAUUAUUAUUAUUAUUAUUAUUAUAUUAUUAUUAUUAUUUUGAAAAAAACUUAAAUGAACUGAAUAAAGAAUUAUUACUGAUCAAGAUAUGAACUUUUAUAUGGAGUGAAAAUUGAAAUAUUGGGUUUAGAAUUUUAGUGGCUUUAAAUUUAAAAAAAAGAUUUUGGUCGGGUUUAAUGGUAACAUUCUUUAAUGCUCUGAUUGUAAUGAUAUUACAGUGUAAGAUAUAUUUUUGAAGAUUGAUUGUGUCUUCCUUAACUAUCAACUGGGUACUGUUAUUUUUAGAUAUUCAUUCUUCACCAAUUGUGUAAAUUUUUAGUGUUCAUUCUCUUUUGUUGUAUUGGGGGAUGCAAAUUCUUGUUGAGGACUACUGUAUUGAUGUUCAAUAAUGGAGGCAUUGUUUAGCAGGUGCCAAUAAUUUGAGUUAAUUUCUAUGAAAAAUAAAAAGAUUUUUUAAAAUUUAAAUGUUUGCUGUUUGAAGAACAAAUGUCAUAGGCAAAAACAGGUACAGAAAUUGGUUUGGCAAAAACAGGUACAGUAAUUGGUUUGGCAAAAACAGGUACAGAAAUUGGUUUGGCAAAAACAGGUACAGUAAUUGGUUUGGAUUAUAUGAAACUACAUUCAGUUUAUGGCUGCUCAUAUUAUUAUUUUUUAAAUAGUUCAAUUUGUUCUUUGUGUUUUUAAUGUAAUCUAGGAUGGAUAGUGGGAGGGGGAUGAGAAUUUGGCACUGAUUGAGACUGUAUAGAAGAUACUGCAAAACUAGCUUAAGGUUUAUAUAAUUCAUGGAAAUACUGUAUGAUGUAUCAUGUUUUUACUUACUGUAGAUAUAAUUUACUACACAAAAAAUUAAAGUUUAAUACAGUUGCGUACCUCCUUAUGAAAUGGAAGCAAAUUUGUAAUAAAUGUUGAUCAUCUUCGUUGUUGCAGGAUUUUAUACAGUUUCAAUCAGGAACUAUAUUUUUGCUACUCUUAGUAAUGUUUGAUGGUAAUAUAUUCUCAUACCAUAGCUGCUACAGAGUGGGAACCAUGUUGAAAAUGAGAACAUGUUGAUACUGUAUUUGUUUGUAAUGCAUAAAAGUUUUGUAAAGAUAAUAUCUUGUAAGUGCUACACAGUAAAUUUUAUUUUGAAGCUGUCAAGGUAUAGAGUUUAAAAACGAAGAAUGAAAUGCUCUACCACAUCACACAAUACACUUAACAUGUAAAUCUGUGAAAUUUUGCAUGCCUUCAAAUAUUUGAAAGCCACUUUUCAUUUUUUAUCUGUGAUGUGUGGGAUGACAGAAAAUAACUUUUUUAAACUAGUAAUGAUAGAUUUUCAGCCAUUACAUGUUUUCUCUUUAACUUUCUCUGCAUUUUUUCAUAAAUCAUAUCUGCAUCUGAAAGUAAAUGUGGAAAAAAUUAAGCUGACAAUGAUAAUAUGCUAAAUUUGCUCCAGAAAGUGAUAGACAAGUUUCUAGUCAGGUCAGAAUAAAGAAGUGAGUUUGUGAAUACUUAAGAAAAACAGUUGCUUGGUUGUAAACUAUGAUAGGAUUCUUUUAUCAAGCUUGUGGGAGAAACAAAGAUUUUAUACGAGCUACUUGGCAUUAUUUUUUUUAUAUUUCAGUAUUUUCUUUAAUGUUAUAUGUGUGCAUUAUUAUUAGGAGAGCCAUACAUUUUACAUAUACAGUAUUCAUUAUUCAUUGUGAUCAUCAGUUUGAAUACAUACAGGUGUAAAUUCUACACAAAAAAGGUUAUUCAUUCAUUAAGAAAUAGGUUCCAUGCAGUGAUGUUCAAAGUUUUAUAUUUGAUUUGAUACAAAUAAUGUGAGAAAUGAUACUAGGGAGAUGCAGAAUAAUUUUUCUUUCAGUGAUAUAAUUAAUGCACAUGAAAAUAAAUUAACUCUACAUGGAAAGAUUUUUCGAUAAUUCAUAUUCAUCUCAUAUGUUUGAAAGUCAUAGCUGUAUUGUGUAUAUAGUGAAUGACAGGGCAGAUGUCUAAUAAGAAAACAAGUUAAAUAGAGA